AGAAGAGCGAGACUUCAUUUUGCGAACGGAAUUUUCCUUUCAGCAAUGGAAAACCAGAGAAAAAGGCGACAUGAGAUUGAAGAGGAGUUAUCAGAUGACGAAGAAUACGUACCUUACGUUCCUUUAAAGGAGAGGAGAAGGCUUGAGCUUGAAAAGCGAGAGAAAUUUUUGAAGAAAAAGACAGAGUCAAAUACAGCAGCGGAGACUGCACAAAACGUUGCGCUUACGUCUUUGGAGGAAAAAGAAAAACAAGAAGAAGCGCCCAUUGGCUUGAAGGCCAACGUGAGCUUGCUGGAUCAGCACAGUGAGCUUAAGAAGAUAGCGGAAGCCGAAAAAGAAACAGACUACGAAAAACAGCUGAAAGAAGAAGAGAAGAUUUUGGACAGCAUUGCUGAGAAGAAAGUCUUGAUGGCUGUUGGGGAAAUUGCGAAAGGAAUCGUGUACACUGAUUCCAUCAAGACUGGAUGGCGUCCACCGCGUUACUUUAACUCAUAUCCGCCUGAGAAAUUUGAUAAGAUAAGGAAGAAAUGGCAUAUUCUGGUGGAAGGUGAAGAUAUACCACCUCCCAUCAAGACUUUCAAGGAGAUGAAAUUUCCUCGCGCUGUCCUGAACACACUGAAGAAGAAGGGCAUAACACAUCCAACACCAAUACAGAUCCAAGGCAUACCAGCUGUUCUUACUGGGAGAGACAUGAUUGGAAUUGCAUUCACAGGUUCUGGGAAAACUUUGGUGUUCACACUUCCCAUUAUCAUGUUUAGUUUGGAGCAGGAGAAAGUUCUUCCAUUCCAGAGACAAGAAGGGCCUUACGGGCUUAUAGUUGUACCAUCCCGAGAAUUGGCACGUCAAACAUUUGAAGUUAUAUCAGAAUUUUCAAGAGCUUUGGAACUGGACGGUCUUCCUACUUUGCGAUCUGCACUCUGUAUAGGUGGAACUAAUGUUAAGGAUCAGAUGGAGGUCAUCAAAAGAGGAGUUCACAUGAUGGUUGCUACACCAGGCCGUCUGAUGGACUUGUUAGAUAAGAAAAUGGUCAAUCUUGAUGUGUGCAGAUAUUUGGUUCUUGAUGAAGCUGAUCGCAUGAUUGACAUGGGGUUUGAAGAAGAUGUGAGAACAAUCUUCUCGUACUUCAAAUCGCAGCGUCAGACACUGCUGUUCAGUGCUACAAUGCCUAAGAAGAUUCAGAACUUUGCCAAAAGUGCUCUGGUCAAGCCAGUGACUGUCAAUGUAGGAAGAGCUGGGGCAGCAAGUCUUGAUGUUAUCCAGGAAGUUGAAUAUGUGAAGCAAGAAGCCAAAGUGGUUUAUCUGUUAGAGUGCUUACAGAAAACUCCUCCACCUGUGCUGAUUUUUGCAGAGAAGAAAGCAGAUGUUGACGAUAUUCAUGAAUAUUUACUGCUCAAGGGAGUUGAAGCUGUUGCUAUCCAUGGUGACAAAGAUCAAGAAGAAAGGGAAUAUGCAAUGAGAUGUUUUAGACAAGCAAAGAAAGAUGUUAUGGUUGCAACAGAUGUUGCCUCCAAAGGCCUUGACUUCCCUAAUAUUCAACAUGUUAUCAACUAUGACAUGCCUGAAGACAUUGAAAACUAUGUCCACAGAAUAGGCCGUACUGGCCGAAGUGGGAAGACUGGAGUUGCUACCACAUUCAUUAACAAAUCUUGUGAUGAAUCUGUCUUGUUGGAUCUGAAGCAUCUGUUACUAGAAGCAAAACAGAAACUGCCUCCUGUUCUUGCAGCCUUACAGGCAGAAAAUGAAGGCUAUCUUGAUCUUGGUGAAGAACGUGGUUGUGCUUAUUGUGGUGGUCUUGGGCACAGAAUUACUGAAUGUCCAAAGUUGGAGGCAAUGCAAACCAAACAAGCUGGAAACAUUGGAAGGAAGGAUUAUCUAGCACCUGGUGCUGCAGACUGGUAACUUCAGUUACUGAUGUCCACUUACAGUUAUUUCUACAUCCUCGUCAUACAUGUAUGUGUAGUGGUUGUAUUAUUGUAGAAGACUGUGUAUAUAGUAAGCUCAUGUUAUAUGUAGACACAAUCAACAUAGGAGAUACAACGUAAAUACUGCAAGUCUUGAGGUAUAUAUUUAAAAAAAUUCCCCUAGCUUUAUACUGGACAUGAAGAGGUUUCCGUAAGGUUCAUAUGUAGAGAAAGCUUCAUGUGUGUACUUACAUGUACUCAUUGGCAUUAGAAAAUUCACAUGACCUUGUUGUCUGAAGUAAACAGUGUGCUAGUGGCAAGGUAUUGUUGAUUUCUUUUCUCUGAUACCUUCCAAUUUUUACGAGAAAAUAGGUUUUGGAAGAAGGACUGUUUGAAAUCCAGACAAUGUGUAGUUUCAGAAAGAAUGCAGACUACCACUAGAGACAUUAUAUAUUAAACCUUCCCCAUUAUGACUGAUCUGGAUUUCCCCAUGCACUCACCUUUUAAGACUUGGCUCCUGCUUGAGACCUCUGCAAUCUCCAACUCAAGCAAUAAUUUGAUGAUACUGCCUAUUAAUAGUUUUCUAUUAUUAGUUUAGUAUUAAGAUAAUAUAUGAAUCAAGUUGCAUACUCAGAGUACUGUGUAUGCUUCCAAACAGAUGGUUUUUUUGUUCUUGGGCAAGCAGGCGGAGAGUUUGAUGGGCCAAUCACAUGAUUUUGUGCACCCCUCCUCUUGCGGGUGUCUCACCCCUGAAGCUCUUCCUGUGCUUGCCUGUUGUGCAGGCUAAGUAAUGAGCAUGGAUCUUUUAGAUACUCUUGUAAACAUGAAUUUGUAUAUUAUAUUAUGCAUGUCAGUGUUAUAGUCAGAGGUUGUAUCAUGAACAGUGGUAUUGCUAUUUAUUCUGUGAUUCACAAUCUAAAGUAAUCAGAAAACAGCUGGAAUCACUACCUCCAAAAUUUUUUUUUGUAAACAAGGGACCAUUUAGAUCAGGAAAAAAAAAUGGGCAAUGAAGUUAUACUUAAACGUAGUGCAGAAUAAAGUCAUUUAUAAUGUAAAUUUUGUAAUGUUUGUGAAAUUCUUUUUGUAACAUAUUUUCAUUGUUUUUUGAGUUAUUUGCAUGGUUUGGCUCAUUUAUUCCAGAUGUCAUAUCAUAACAUCAUUUAAUACAUUUAAUUGUUGACACCUCAAUGCAGAUUAGGUUAUGUGUGUGUUUUCCUUGCAUUGGCUCCUGUGUAAAACAUUUUUGAUCAAA